AUGGAGUUUUCCAGUCUUAAGAUAGACAAUAGCAUAAAAAAGGGACUUCGAGAGCAUGGAUUUGUUGAAAUGACAGAGAUACAGCAGAAGGUCAUUCCUGUUGGUCUUGAAGGAGGUGAUGUAAUUGGAUCCUCGCAAACAGGAAGUGGAAAGACACUUGCAUUUGUUAUACCUAUGCUUCACCGCUUGAAGGAGCUUCAGUGGAACAUGCAGGACGGUCUUGGGUGUCUGGUUGUGACGCCAACACGUGAGCUUGCUCUACAGAUAUUUGAUGUACUGGGUAAAGUAGGUAAGUAUGCAGGAUUCAGUAUGGGACUGGUCAUGGGAGGCAUGGAGGCAGAAAGCGAAUCUGAAAAGAUAUGUGGAGUAAACAUUCUUGUUUGUACGCCUGGGAGGUUUAUACAGCAUCUGCACGAAAACACAUACAUGAACACUGGAAAUGUUCAAAUUUUGGUGCUUGAUGAGGCAGACAAAAUGAUUGAAAUGGGAUUCAGAGAAAGCCUUGUGUCUAUUCUUGGGCAUUUGCCGAAGAAGAAGCAGGUGAUGUUAUUUUCUGCAACUCCAAAGGCAUCUGUUGCAAGGAUUCUUGAACUAGAUGAUCCAAAAAUUGUUUGUGUGUACAGAGAAGAAGGAUUUCCAUCACGGCUGCAGCAGUACUUUUACAUGAUGAAAAUCAAAGACAAGAUAAACAAUCUUUAUGCAUUUUUGAAGAGGAAUGCAGAUAUAAAAGCAAUUGUAUUUUUCAGCACAUGCAAAGAAGUGAAGUUCCACUAUUUGUUAUUUGGGAGGCUCAAGUUACGCAGCAAAAUUUUCUGCUUGAGCGGUGGAAUGACACAGAAGCAAAGGAUUGAAGUGUUUACAAGAUUUGUAAAGGAAAAUAACGGAUACUUGUUCUGCACAGAUUUAGGAUCUAGAGGACUUGACUUUCCCAAUGUUGAUGCAGUGCUGCAGUAUGACUGUCCAUGCAACAUAGAAACAUAUGUUCAUCGUGUUGGAAGGACUGCAAGAAAUAAUAAUAAUGGGAAAUCAUACUUGUAUCUCGUGCAUGGCGAGGAAAGAAUUCUUUCAGAUAUACAGAAAAGAGGAUGGGUUCAGAAGAGCAAGGAGCCUGAAUCAAAAGAUACUUCACCAUUAGAUGACAUAUCCGAAGGACCCAGGAUCGAGGUAAAUCCAAUAGAUAGAAAUGUUCAGGGUCUUAUUAAGCAUAAUGAAGAAAUCGGUGAGUAUUGCAAGAAGUAUCUUGUGACAUAUGAAAAGUUUAUUUCAAUGAGUAGCAGGAAGUAUUCGGAUUGUGUAAUACAAAAGAUGCCGUCUUUAUAUAACUACUUUGGGAUUGAAAGAGACACAAAGCAUAAAGGUAGAGAGGACGAUUCUGAGUGA